AAAAAUCUGUGCAGCCCUGAAGAUGUUCAAAUUAUUUGUCGAUGUGUUGAUAAUAGUUCACAAGAAGAAGGAAGCAGAGAGCUUUUGAGUAGGAUAACUAAAAAGAAAGAUUGGUUUCCUACUUUUGUGACUGUGCUACACGAAAUGGAUAACAAGGAACUGAUUGAAACCUUGACUGGAGUCACAUAUCAGGAAUUCAUAGAUGGUUACAAUAAAAAACGUGAGUCACAUAAUGAUUCUGCAAAAUGCAAGAGAAGUCCCCAGGUUGCUGAAGGUGUUUCUGAUGGUAGUCCGGCUACUGAAAACCAUGAUGUG